AGAAGCGGAAGUAGGGCAAGGAGGAGCGGAAGGGAAAGUCCCGGCUGUUGGCGCUUCCAGGACUCUGGCCGUGGGGGACGCAUAGCAAGUGGCAUCUACGGGGUGAACCCUAGGAUAUCGCUGUGGGAAGGACUUUAGCACUGCUCCGGACUGCUCCACAAGACUUCUAAGCCGAAACUGACCAGGGCGCAACGACAAAGUUCCGCGAAGGGGACGCAGCACCCAGCGCCGCCUGGGGACUUUGCCAGUCAGAUGCACAGGCCGUGAUUACCAGAUGCACAGGCUGUGAUUACCAGUCCAGUGAGAGAAACCAACUGGCAAAGAGCAGUGACUUCGACACAAGGACCCUUCCAACUUUUUCUAUGAAAACAUUGCAUAAUAAAUGGCAAGAAGUCUUUUGAAGACAUCAUCAAUGUCUAUGAGGACAAAGUCGGUACAACAGAUGGGAUUGUCACUUUAUAAUACAUCUCAUGGCUUCAAUGAGGAAGAAGUGAAAAAAAAACUUCAGCAGUUUCCUGGUGGAUCCAUUGACCUUCAGAAGGAAGACAAUGGCAUCGGCAUUCUUACUCUGAACAAUCCAAGUAAAAUGAAUGCCUUCUCAGGUGUUAUGAUGCUACAACUUUUGGAAAAAGUGAUUGAAUUGGAAAAUUGGACAGAGGGGAAAGGUCUCAUUGUUCAUGGGGCAAAUAAUACUUUCUCCUCGGGAUCUGAUCUGAAUGCUGUGAAAGCACUAGCAACUCCAGAGGAUGGAAUAGCCUUAUGUAUGUUCAUGCAAAACACCUUGACAAGAUUAAUGAGACUUCCUUUAAUAAGUAUUGCGCUUAUUCAAGGUUGGGCCUUGGGUGGAGGAGCAGAAUUUACUACAGCAUGUGAUUUCAGGUUGAUGACUAGAGGGAGUGAAAUCAGAUUUGUUCACAAGGAGAUGGGUAUAGUACCAAGCUGGGGUGGUGCUACCCGGCUGGUUGAAAUUAUCGGCAGUAGACAAGCUCUCAAAGUGUUAACUGGGGCCCUCAAACUGGAUUCAGAAAAAGCUUUAAACCUAGGAAUCGUCGAAGAGGUCUUGCAGUCUUCAGAUGAAACUAAAUGUCUAGAAGAGGCAAAAGAGUGGCUAAAGCAGUUUAUCAAUGGGCCACCGGAAGUAAUCAGAGCUUUGAAAAAAUCUGUUACUGCAGGCAAAGAGCUUUGUUUAGAAGAGGCAGUACACACUGAAAGAGAUGUUUUAGGAACACUUUGGGGUGGACCCGCAAAUGUAGAAGCUAUUGCUAGGAGGGGAAAAUAUUGUAAAUAGAUUUUUCUUAAUCUGUACUAAUGAUGUACUACAACUCCAAUGAUUAACACGUAAAUGAUAUGAAAUAUGAUAUGAAAUAUGAAUCAGAAUUAAAGGGUAUUACUAUUUGUUUUUAAUCUUUCUGAAUACCUACACUCAUUGGUAUAGUUUUCAGUAUGCAGUAGUCCCCACUUAACUGCAGGGGAUACGUUCCAUGACUCCCAGUGGAUGCCGGAAACCGCAGAUAGUACCGAAUCCAAUGUAAGCUGUUUUUCCCCCUACUUACAAACCUAUGAUAAAGACAUACCUAUGAGAAACUUUCAUUUAUAAAUUAAGCACACUGAUUAAUAAAACGAGUAUAACAAUAUACUGUAAUAAACGUUAUAUGAA